AUGGACAAAGCAAAUCCUUUAAGCACUCCAAUGGUCGUUAGAUCACUUAAUUUCGAAAAUGAUCCAUUUCGUCCUUGUGAGAACAACGAAGAAGUUCUUGAUCCAGAAGUACCAUACCUCAGUGCAAUUGAAGCACUUAUGUUUCUUACGAAUUGUACGAGACCUGACAUUUCUUUUGCAGUGAACUUGUUGUCAAGAUUUAGUUCAACUCCUACUAAAAGGCACUGGAAUGGGAUUAAACAUACUUUUCGAUACCUUCGAGGUACUGUUCAUUUAGGCUUGUUUUAUCCCAACGAUUCAAAAGAAGGGUUAGUUGGUUAUGCAGAUGCAGGUUAUUUAUCCGAUCCUCAUAAAGCAAAAUCUCAAUCUGGAUAUGUAUUUAUGAAUGGAGGAACUGCAAUUUCAUGGCGUUCUCAGAAACAAACACUUGUCGCAACAUCCUCAAAUCAUGCUGAAGUCAUUGCACUACAUGAAGCUUCAAGAGAAUGUGUAUGGCUAAGAUCUAUGUCACAACACAUAGUGACUUCUUGUGGGCUAGAGAAAGAUUGA